AAAGAAAAAAAUGUUCUUCAAUUAAAAGAAAAAAAAAAGAGUAAAAAGCAGCCACAUCGCUCUCCACCUUAUCCACUUCUGCCUCAAUCCAUUUGGCAAAAAAGCUUCGUCAUACACUCUUUGAUCCAAUCACACACACACCAAAUCCAAACCGACCAUUCUCAAGACCCAAUGGACAACAGCAACCAGCAAUCAUCUCCCUCGGCCGCCGGAAUCCCUCCUCCUGUAUCCGCCGUCGGAGGAGCUUCUUACCACCACCUUCUACAGCAACAGCAACAACAGCUCCAAAUGUUCUGGUCCUACCAACGCCAAGAGAUCGAGCAAGUAAACGAUUUCAAGAACCAUCAGCUCCCUCUCGCUCGUAUCAAAAAGAUCAUGAAAGCCGACGAGGAUGUGCGUAUGAUCUCCGCCGAAGCUCCGAUCCUCUUCGCCAAAGCCUGCGAGCUUUUCAUCCUCGAGCUCACCAUCCGUUCUUGGCUCCACGCCGAGGAAAACAAACGCCGCACGCUUCAGAAAAACGACAUCGCUGCCGCCAUUACAAGGACAGAUAUCUUCGACUUCCUUGUCGACAUCGUUCCAAGAGAAGAGAUCAAGGAAGAGCCGGGGAUCGGCGGGAUGAUGCCUCCCGCGGUGAGCGGCGUGCCGUACUAUUAUCCGCCGAUGGGUGGUCCUGGAGGGAUGAUGAUUGGUAGACCGGCUAUGGAUCCGAGUGGCGUCUAUGUCCAGCCUCCGUCUCAGGCGUGGCAGAGCGUUUGGCAAACGUCGGCGACGGGCGAUGAUGUUUCUUACGGCAGUGGGGGAAGCGGCGGUCAAGGGAAUCUUGACGGGCAAGUCUGAGCUCAGAGUUACUCCAAAUGAAUGCAUGUUUUACUUGCUGUUGAAGACAGCAAAUAUUAGUCGACUCUGCCUUGGAUGUUGGAUAUGUCGCCUGAGCUUAGUUUAAAAAGGAGCUAUUGUCUCUCUGUUAACUUGUAAGGUUAUUGUAGCAAAAACCAUCAUUACUGCGACUACGCCUUUACUCUCUAUAUACAUCUAAUGUGCAGUUUCUAAUUUUUCGAUUAUUUUACCUAGCUCUCCUCGUUUCACAUUUUCAGAGAUUUGAGUGCUUGUAAACCGAUAGCAAAACCAAACUGUGUAAAUGUGGAUUUGUAUAUAAUAAGCUCGUGACAUA